UUGCCAUGGCAGGCGGCCCGACGCGCGGGGCCGGCGGCGGCGGAGGAUGAGGCUGAGGCGGCUGCUGCUGCGCUACUACCCGCCGGGAAUUAUUUUGGAAUAUGUACAAGACAGUGAGCCAAAGACCAGAUCUAUAGAUCUACUUGAUCUUAGACCUGACACAGAUGCCAUAGCCUUAGUAGAUGAAAUUCAAAAAGGAGAACCUCUCAUCACUUCGUGCAAGGAGCAGGUCAUACAUUUAGUACGAAGAUUGCAAGAGAAGCUAGGGGAAAAAGAGGAUCACAAGUUCUAUCUGUCUAAGGUACUUAGAGCACAUAUAUUGCCACUGACCAACGUAGCAUUUAACAAAUCUGGUUCCCGCUUUAUCACUGGAAGCUAUGAUAGAACAUGCAAAGUAUGGGAUACUGCAUCAGGAGAAGAGCUACGUACACUGGAGGGACAUGGAAACGUUGUCUAUGCAAUAGCAUUCAAUAAUCCCUAUGGUGACAAGAUAGCCACUGGAUCUUUUGAUAAAACCUGCAAACUGUGGAGUACAGAAACAGGAAAAUGUUAUCAUACUUUCAGAGGACAUAGUGCAGAAAUAGUAUGUUUAUCGUUUAAUCUUCAGAGCACAUUGGUGGCAACUGGGAGCUUGGAUACCACUGCCAAAUUAUGGGAUGUAGAGAAGGGAGAAGAAAUAGUCACUUUAAGCGGGCAUUCAGCAGAAAUCAUCGCAUUGUCUUUCAACACCACUGGAGACAGGAUUAUCACGGGCUCCUUUGACCAUACAGUAGCAGUGUGGGAUGUUGGCACUCGCAGGGUGUUACAUACUUUAAUAGGUCACCGAGGAGAGAUUAGUAGUGCACAGUUCAGCUGGGACUGUUCUCUCAUAGUCACUGGAUCAAUGGACAAAACAUGCAAGCUGUGGAAUGCUAUGACUGGGACACAUAUAGCAACUUUAACAGGUCACAGUGAUGAAGUACUGGAUGUCUGCUUUGAUUAUGCUGGCCAGCGUAUUGCAACUGCUUCUGCUGAUGGAUCAGCAAGAGUCUAUGAUGCAAGAACAAAAAAGUGCAUUGCAAAGCUGGAGGGGCAUGGAGGUGAAAUUUCAAAGGUAUGUUUCAACCCUAAAGGCAAUCGUAUACUAACAGCCAGCUCUGAUAAAACAGCUCGACUCUGGGAUGCUGCUACCGGACAGUGCCUUCAGAUAUUAGAGGGUCAUACUGAUGAGAUAUUCUCCUGUGCUUUCAAUUACAAAGGCAAUAUAAUCAUUACAGGAAGCAAGGAUAACUCCUGUAGAAUAUGGCACUGACUGAAGAGAAGGAAAGAUCCAGUUUGGUAUAUGCCUACUUGGCACUGACUGAAGAGAAGGAAAGAUGCGGUUUGGUAUUUGCCUACUUUGUGAAUUUCAUAGUCAAUAAACUCAGUCUUUCAAACCUGUUUUCUCUCACCCUCUUUGUUCGCCUUCAGCUUUACUGAAGUAGAAAAGUUACCUAGAUUUUGAUAGAUUUGACUUUGCUGAUGUCUGGUAGAUAUGGAAUCACAAAUCAGUAAAUGUUGGGAAGGACCUCCUGGAGAUCAUCUAGUACAACACCCCUGCCCAAAGCACUGUCAGCCAAGCAGGCUGCCCAGGACCGGCAUGGCUUUGAGUAUCUCCGAGGACAGAGACUCCAGAGUUUCUCUGGGAAACAUGCUUAGUGUCUGAUCAGUGUCACAGUAAAAAAGUUGCAUUUUUCCCCUUGUGUUUAAAUGGAAUGUUUUCUUCUCUUUCAAUUUAUGCAUGUUGCCUCUUCACUGGGUACAACCAAGAAGACUCUGGCUCUGUUAUCUUAGUCACCUGGGAGAAAUCAUGAUUAGUGUGAAUGAAUCCAGUAGGAUGGCUCCAUUUUGUUGUGUGUAAUUUUUAACUUGUAACCCUUGUAAUAAAAUACCCACAGCGUUAUAAUACUCUCAGGUGUGAAAGGGGUGUUGUUAUGCACUUGUUCUGGGAACUUUUAUUGUAAUUUUUUUGUUGUGUGAUAAAGUAUCAAGUUAAAA